UGCGGUGUUCGUGAACGUUGGUGCUGCGCAGAGAAUCACGGCUGCGCCAUGUUGCCGAGCAACGGCACAUUUUUCAUGCAGCAAAGACGCGACUGCGGACAAUUUCGAAUCCAGUGCAAUAUGAGCCGUAUUUGCAGGACUAUACCAGACAAAGGAAAGACCUUAAAUGUUUUCAACAGGCAGUUAAAAACAACAGAUAAAAAACAAUACCCAGUGAGCAUAUCCACUGCAGACAGCAAAUGUUUCAACCUUCAUAGUACGACAGAUGGGCACCACAAAAUGAAGCGACUGAAGAGCCGUAAGGAGAGAAGUCAGAUGAGAGGUGGUGGGAAAGAAGCCUCAAAGUUCAAAUCCCAUCACCAUCACUGUCAUUGCCAAACCAGCACAGACAUAGCGCAUCAUCAUAACUGCUGCCAUAGUAGCUCUUAUAGUCGUCCAAAUGUUGUCCCUACUUCACAGGAGCCCAGUAUUAUCACAGACAGUCGACUGAUAGGACACCAAGGCUUAUUCAACCACGAAGUGAAAUCUAUCGACAUUGAACGCCUGUUAAGUGAGCAGAAGAAAGAUUCAUGCCCACCUUCAAAAUCUCACAUUCCCUCUGCUCUUUCCACUCAUGAUUUGUUGGGUGCUGAUACUGGUGAGAUUAUGACAUUUGAAAAUAAAGCAGGCCCUGCAAUGAAGGCCUGUGAUGCUUCCCUGGAGAAAGAGAAGAAUUUCAGUCAGGGAUCAGAUCUUACACCAGGGCAGAGACCACAACAACAACUUGAGAUUUCAUCUGGAAGUUUUAAAACCAUCAACUCAUGUAAACCGUUGGCUCCCACCAUUAGCACAGAAAAUGUGACUGCCCUGAACAUGAAGGAAGAGGGACAUACGUUUUCAACUCUGGUGCAAACGCCGAAGAACUGUGAGUCUCCUGCCCACCAAAUACAAGCUCAUCAUGUCCACCAAAGCCCAGUUCAGCUUUCCAGCUCCCCCACUGCCGAAAGCUUCGACAUACAGCACCAAAGACUCGAUCCAGACAGUGUAUUUAAAUCUGUCAGUGCAGUGGCAGCAAGUUUGUGUGACUGUCUGCAGUUCCCUCUUCUGAGAGGGAGAAGCCUGGUGGCAGAGUGCAGGGAGGUGCUGCUGAAAGCUCUACAGGAGAGGCAUGGACCCCAUCUUAAGGAAAACCUCCUCAAGGUGCAGCGAUGUCUCAGCUUUGGUGGUACUCCCACAAAGGAGGUCCAGGAUCAGGAGCCAACCAUUGUAGAUGAAGAUGAGCUUUUUCCCACAGAUGCAUUCCCAACAGCAUUUCAAGCAAACAAUGGUAGUCAGCCAUGGUAUGACAAGCACAAAACCACAUCUUUCAAACAGACGAGAAGUAGGCAUUUUAACUGGAGUUCCAGUCCACAGCUACACCACAACCUGAGACAGGUACAGCUGCUUCAUCAGACCACCAGACCACCAGAUUCCAUUUGCAGAAACAAUGUUAUUAUCAUCAAACACACUUCAAAUCAGAGUUGACAGAAACAAAAUAAAACUCAAUAUCCAGCAAUGUUGAUUCGUCUUUCCACUGUUCCAACAAUCACCAAUUUGGUCCAAACAAACCCUUUUAAUUCACAAAGCUAGAAGAGAAACUAGCGGUGGAAGUGUGAGAAUAGCAUGUAGAGUCAGAAUAAUUUCAAAUCUAAUGCUGUGAAUUGCAGGUUUAUUUUGACUAAACCAGAGUUGGUUAUAUUUUGGGCAGCGGAAAGAUUAAGCAAGAAUGAAUUUUAUUUAUUUUCUGUGGACUCUGGAUGAAGUUUUAUAAUCAUAAAAUUACAGUUUAGAGGCUUUCAGGUCAGGCAAUUAACUGAACCGAUUCCAAAACUAUUUUCUGUAUCAGUCAUUUACACAUACAAAUAUGUAAUAUUGUGCUCGGGCUUUCUCAGAAUUCCUUUUGAAAAGCAAUAGUUAAAACUGCCUCAACAGUUAACAUUUAUGAUUUUGUCCCAUUUCUGCUGACAUAUAGAAACACACAAUUAUGUAUUGUUUGCACUUGGAGCAUUUUUUUUGAUAGUCAGAACUGUAUAUUAACAAGUAUGGUAUCUUCAUUAACACAGGUGCUAUAAUGAGAAAUUCUUUACAAACCAAGAAUUUUUAGUAGUAAGUAAGUGCAAUUGUGAAAGCUGUUUGAUCUUUUGUUGUGUAUUUGGGCUACAUUUAAAUGCAAGGAAACACACUUGUACAAUUGUGCAAUAGAGAUAAAAUAUCAAGCAUCACUAAAUAUACAAUUAAACUGAGCAUAAGAUAUUAAAUUA